GGGACAGAAUUCAAGAAAAGUUUUCGUAAGCAGGUGGUAACAAAUAUCAUAAAACAUUUGGCUCAAAUAUUUGUAUAGUGAUUUACGGUUAGGUGCAUUGUGCUACAGUUUUUUCGCAAGAUUUUUUUUUUCGGACAGUCACACUUUUGGUCCGUUGCAUUUGAAGUAUUCAAGGUAAUUCAAGGUGAAUCCGUAAACUGCACAACAUAAGCUUUAGUGCUUUGGAAGUCUUAAGCUAGUAAAGCUGCCCUGAAGUCGCUGUCCAUGUACCGUCACUGUUUGAGAGUUGCUGCAUCACAGGCUGCUGGCCUCUACAGGCCACUAGCCACUUCAGCCAUCAAUAAUGCCUUGCCCUCAAUGGCAGGUGGUAAACUGGGAAAGAAGGCUGCCAAGGCUGGAAAGGCUGGAUCGCCAGUAGAGAAAAAGGUGGUACCCGUGGAGACGGACCCGGAGCGGUUGGUGCAGUACUGCUGCGGCUCCAACAUCAUGGCAGACGGCGAGGACGUCAAACUGGGGCCCGACUCCGAGUACCCGGACUGGCUCUGGGAACUGGAUACCUCCGGCGUGGCUCCCCCUCUGGAGACCCUCUCUCCCGACACACUGGAGUACUGGUGGCUGGUUAGGAACCGGGCCAUGCGGAGAAACAAUCAGCUGCUGGCAAAACGGAAACUCAAACGCUGAGCAACGGUCACUCAGGUUUUCGUGGGUGCGAUUUUUUACGUUGAACUUUGGGAGGUGCAAGCUCUGGGUGAUUCAUGAACGCAAGUCAGAGAGGGCAAGUGCGAUACGUGGGUUUCGAUUCCGAGGACGUAGAUGGAAGUGUGUGGCGCUGUCAUUGCUGGUUACGCUGUAAUAUUGUGUGUUUAUCUCAAUAUAGAAAUGAUCGGAA